AUGAGUACUUUUGACGGUCAGAUAAGAGAAUAUCCCUGUAUUAGCAUUGACCGGUUUACGCGCCGUAAUGGAAUCAAGUACUAUUUCCUUAGUCAUGUUCACUCAGAUCACACGCAAGGAUUAGAGCAGUCUUCAAUUCUCGAGAAUAUUUACUGUUCGGAAAUAACUGCCACUUUACUGCCACGUAUUCGACGACGCAACAAGCAAUAUGGUCAUCUCGAGGGACGACUUGUUCCCAUUCCGAUCGCCCAGGAGACCAUUAUCGACACGACCGAUUAUGGCAAAAUCACCGUCACCUUAUUGCCCGCUAACCACUGUCCCGGGGCUGUUCUAAUACUUAUUGAAGGUUGCAAUGGCACAGUUUUGUACACCGGCGAUAUGCGGGCCGAGAAAGAUUUUGUAGACGAGUCACUGCAGCUACUUGGAGAUAAGAUCAUUGACCAUGUCUACAUGGAUACGUCCUGUUGCAACGACAAAUUUCGUCAUUUUCCGACAAAGGACGCAUCGGUGCAGUUACUCCUUCAAACCAUCAAGCAAUACCACUGCACAUUUCACAUUUAUCUUGAUUGCUGGACAUUCGGAUAUGAAGAAAUAUGGUUUGCCAUUGCUCAGGUGUUCAAUACAAAAAUCCACGUCAGUCGGCAAUUUUACGAUAUGUACUGCAGAGCUGACAGUACCUUUGACCGGAUCUUAACGACCGAUCCGCAGACUCGCUUCCAUUCUUGCAACUGGGCAUCCACUUGUUCCAUGCACAGUGCGAAGACUCUAGCGAUUCAUCCUGUACCGUUGUCAUGCGAUUAUACCAUCGAUAUGAGUACCCCGGAGGCACCCUCGCUCUUGGCGUCCAAAUUGUAUGACCCAUCAACCAUAGCCCAUCGCCUGGCGUUGCCGUUCUCAACGCAUUCCUCCAUGAGCGAAAUUGCAGGAUUUAUUCGAUUUAUCCGUCCCAGACGAUUUACAGCUACAGUUGCUCACGGAAAAUGGACAACCGUGGCUGAAAUGAAAGCGUUGCUGCGAGCGGAAGGUUGCUUUAAUGAUGGAACAAGCUCGUUGUCUUCAUUAGACGAUGUUUUCUUUGACCACCGGCAGGAUACCACCACCGUAUUUUCCAUAUCGGAUUCGGACAGUGAUGAGCCCAGAUCGCCGCAGCAAUGGACAGAAAGCGACCCUGAUGUGGUGGUGUCCGAUGCCACCGGAUCUCAAAUGUCAAUCCAGCAUGACAGCAGCCUACCCAGUACGUUGUCAUGGCACGAUAACGAAGACGAUCCGCAGAUCCUCUCCUCGAAACGGUCGGCGCAAAAACAGGAUAUAAUAUCUUUGACGGAUUUCAUGAACAGACUCCACAACGAGACAGCACUGGCAGAUGAUGAAAUGGACGAUUUGUUUGAAAGUGAUGCCAGUGACGAUGAGCUGCAAGCAUGUAGUAUGUUACCUUGUGCACCAUCAUCCUACACCUUGGUGGGUGAUUCACAGGACAUUUGCAUGGUGACCGAGGAGCCGCAUGCGAUGCAACAAAGCGAUUUGUUGUCAAAGGGCCAUACUAUCGAUGAUGCCAUCUGCCUCGACGAGUGA